AUGUCUCAGCUGGUGGAAUGUGUCCCCAACUUCUCGGAGGGGAACGACCAGGAGGUGAUUGAUGCCAUCUCCCGAGCCAUCAAGCAGACCCCGGGCUGCCUGCUGCUGGACGUGGAUGCGGGAUCCUCCACCAACCGCACUGUCUACACCUUCAUGGGGCGGCCACAGUGCGUGGUGGAGGGGGCCCUCAGUGCCGCCCGGGCUGCCUCCCGGCUCAUCGACAUGAGCAGACACAGAGGGGAGCACCCUCGCAUGGGCGCCCUGGACGUCUGCCCGUUCAUCCCAGUGAGCGGUGUCAGCAUGGACGAGUGUGUGCAGUGUGCCCAGGCCUUUGGCCAGCGGCUGGCUGAGGAGCUGCACGUUCCCGUGUACCUCUACGGCGAGGCAGCGCGGACAGCCAGUCGCCGGACCCUGCCGGCCAUCCGGGCUGGAGAGUACGAGGCCCUCCCCGAGAAGCUCAAGCAGCCCGAGUGGGCGCCUGACUUUGGCCCCAGCUCCUUUGUCCCCCGCUGGGGGGCCACAGCCACAGGGGCUCGGAAGUUCCUCAUCGCGUUCAAUGUUAACCUGCUGGGUACCAAGGAGCAGGCCCACCGCAUUGCCCUCAACCUGCGGGAGCAGGGCCGUGGGGAGCACCAGCCAGGACGUCUGAAAAAGGUUCAGGGCAUCGGCUGGUACCUGGAUGAAAAGAACCUGGCUCAGGUGUCCAUGAACCUGCUGGACUUUGAGGUCACAGCGCUGCACACAGUCUACGAGGAGACCUGCCGAGAAGCACAGGAGCUGAGCCUUCCGGUAGUGGGCUCGCAGCUGGUGGGCCUGGUGCCUCUGAAGGCUCUGUUGGAUGCGGCUGCCUUCUACUGCGACAAGGAGAACCUCUUCAUCCUGGAGGAAGAGCAGCGGAUCAGGCUGGUGGUGAGCCGGCUGGGCCUGGACUCCCUGUCCCCCUUCAACCCUAAGGAGCGGAUCAUCGAGUACCUGGUCUGCGCCGGCGCGCCCGAGCGGAGCCUGGCGGACAUGCCCCUGCGCGCCUUCGUGCAAGAGGUCGGGGCCCGCUCGCCCGCCCCGGGGGGCGGCUCGGUGGCGGCGGCGGCGGCGGCGAUGGGCGCGGCGCUGGCCUGCAUGGCGGGCCUGAUGACCUACGGCCGGCGCCGGUUCGAGCACCUGGACGCGACCAUGAGGCGCCUGGUCCCGCGUCUGCACGAGGCCGCGGCCCGGCUGACGGCGCUGGUGGACGAGGACGCCCGGGCCUUCGCCGCCUGCACGGAAGGGAUGAAGCUGCCCAAGAACACAGCUGAGGAGAGGGACAGGCGUGCAGCUGCCCUGCAGGAGGGGCUGAGGCGGGCGGUCGAGGUGCCCCUGUCGCUGGUGGAGACGGUGUCCUCACUGUGGCCGCUGCUGCAGGAGCUGGCCCUGUGUGGAAACCUGGCCUGCCUGUCGGACCUGCAGGUGGCGGCCAAAGCCUUGGAGAUGGGCGUGUUUGGCGCAUAUUUCACCGUGAUCAUCAAUCUGAAGGACAUGACGGACGAUGUGUUUAAGGAUCAGACACGCCAGCACAUCUCCAGCCUCCUGCAGGAAGCCAAGACCCAGGCCGCGCUGGUGCUGGACCGCCUGGAGGCCCGGCGGGAGUGA